AUGUGUUCCACAAAUCCAGCAAAUUGGGUCACCUUUGAUGACGAGCCACUCUUCCAGUCGCCUCAGAAAUCGGUUGAUAAUCAGAGCAGUUGUAAACCGAAUGGCCUUAAACUGAAUCUGUCUAGUGUGCAUGAGACUUCAAGUAGAUCCUCUUCUACAGGCAGCACUCCACUCUCAUCUCCUGUAGUUGACUUCUACCUAAGUCCUGGACCACCCAGCAACUCUCCACUUACUACACCUACCAGAGACUACCCAGGAAGUCCAUGCAUCCCAAAGCCUGGGAUUCACAUCCUUUAUCCUAUCCCUGAAUGGCCAUCAAACUUUAACCUUCUUCCAUCACCUGGAAUUUGCUCAUCCCUAACCUCGCAGAAGCUGAGCAGCCCUCCUUUGAACACCUCACCUAAUGACCAUCCCGUUAAGACUGCCGUCUCCAAAUCAACAUGUGACGGAAGCCCUAAUCUGCCAGGAAGCUGCGAGGAGUUAGGAGAGUUAUCGUCAGCACCGGGGCACUUCCCGUACUUCCAGAGCGAUUGCGCUUUUUCCAGUCCCUUUUGGAAGGAAGGAUGCUCGCUCAGUACGUCACCAGCUAAUGUUAGCACGCACAGGAAGGACAAAGGGCUUGACAGGAGCGUCUGUCAUCCUAAAGACAAAGAAACUUGCCAUGAUCAGAAAAGCCUGAACCAGGGCUCCUUCAGCUACAUCUGCGAGAGGCUUGAACACCUGCAAGCCGAUGGCUGCGACGCCACAGGAAGCCCACCUGUCUCCAGCGCCCAUGCAUGGCACAAGCUGUCGCCUGCUGUCCCAUGCAGCCUCUUCAGGAGUCGGAAAGCGGAUGGGUGGCCAUUCAUGCUGAGGAUCCCUGAAAAGAAGAACAUGAUGUCAUCUCGGCAAUGGGGCCCUAUUUACCUUAGUGUCCUAGCUGGGGGUGUACUGCAGAUGUAUUACGAAAAAGGUCUGGAGAAACCUUUCAGGGAAUUCCAGCUGCAGCCACACUGUAAGCUGUCCGAACCCAAAUUAGAGAGCUAUAACGUCUCCGGAAAGAUACAUACCGUGAAGAUCGAGUGUGUGUCUUACACAGAGAAAAGGAGGUAUCAUCCCAAAGUAGAAGUGAUCCAUGAGCCAGAGGUUGAGCAGAUGUUAAAGCUGGGCACCACAGAUUACGACGACUUCACCGAUUUCCUCAUAACAGUUGAGGAAGAGCUUAUGAAACUUCCUACCAUUUCCAGACAAAAGAGGAAUUACGAAGAGCAAGAAAUGGCUCUGGAAAUAGUGGAUAACUUUUGGGGGAAAGUCACUAAGGCAGAAGGAAAACUCGUAGAAAGUGCCGUCAUCACGCAUAUUUACUGCUUGUGUUUUGUGAACGGAAGUGCUGACUGCUUUCUAACCCUGAAUGACCUGGAGCUCCAGAAGAGGGACGAGCGUUACUUUGAGAAGGAGGAGGAGAAGAAAUGGAUCAAUAUUCUUGACUGCCAUUUCCAUAACUGUGUCAAAGCGCAGGAAUUCGAGCAAUCGCGAAUUAUUAAGUUUACGCCCCCCGACGCCUAUAGGCUGGAACUGAUGCGUUUCAGGACACAGUAUAAUGGGCAAGACCUUCCCUUUUCUGUGAAGGCUGUGGUAGUCGUUCAGGGGGCAUACGUUGAACUUCAGGCUUUUAUAAACAUGUCUUCGACUGCUCCGAUUCCAACACGUUUACCCUCUGUGAAAUACUGUGAAAACGUUACGAUACGCUUUCCUGUUCCCACUCAGUGGGUCAAAGCACUUUGGACCAUGAACCUCCAAAGGCAGAAGUCCCUAAAAGCAAAAAUGAAUAGGAGAGCAUGCCUUGGCUCUUUACACGAGAUUGAAUCUGAUCCCGUAAUACAAGUCUCGGUUGGAACAGCAAAAUAUGAGAGUGCCUACAGGGCUGUUGUGUGGAAGAUAGACAGGCUUCCAGAUAAAAACUCAAAUUCAGAUCAUCCACACAGCCUGUCUUACAAACUGGAACUCGGAUCAGACCAGGAAAUACCGUCUGACUGGUACCCAUUUGCUACCAUCCAGUUCGUCGUUCAUGAUACCUGUGCCUCAGGAACAGAAGUCAAGUCACUGGGCAUAGAGAGCGAUGUGCAGCCCCAGAAACACGUGGUUCAGAAAGCUUUUUACAAUUGCCAGGUUGAAAUUGAAAGGAAGUGGAUUAGGCUUGAUGGAGAAGAUCCAGAUAAGGCUGGCAACUGCCUAAUGCAGUAAAAGAGGACAGAGGCACCGUCAUACGAUAUUAGUAGGAAUCAAUUUACAUAGGAAAUUCUAUUGUUAGAAGCAGUGCAGUGACC